AUUGACUUAAGUCCCAGUGAUUCAGCUCCUCAUCUGAACACCUCGGGUCACCCCUGACAACGGUGGUGGGAGGCAGAGCGGCCUCCUCCUCCUCCCACGCGGGGCCUGUCUGGGUGAAGCCCCUCUGUUCCCGAUGUGACUCCCCACCCCCAGCCGGGUGCGCCCAGCCAUGGCUGACACCAUCUUCGGCAGCGGGAAUGAUCAGUGGGUUUGCCCCAAUGACCGGCAGCUUGCCCUUCGAGCCAAGCUGCAGACGGGCUGGUCCGUGCACACCUACCAGACGGAGAAGCAGAGGAGGAACCAGCACCUCAGCCCUGCAGAGGUGGAGGCCAUCCUGCAGGUCAUCCAGAGGGCCGAGCGGCUGGACGUCCUGGAGCAGCAGAGAAUCGGGCGGCUGGUGGAGCGGCUGGAGACCAUGAGGCGGAACGUGAUGGGGAACGGCCUGUCCCAGUGUCUGCUCUGCGGGGAGGUGCUGGGCUUCCUGGGCAGCUCGUCGGUGUUCUGCAAAGACUGUAGGAAGAAAGUCUGCACCAAGUGUGGGAUCGAGGCCUCCCCUGGCCAGAAGCGGCCCCUGUGGCUGUGUAAGAUCUGCAGUGAGCAAAGAGAGGUCUGGAAGAGGUCGGGGGCCUGGUUCUACAAAGGGCUCCCCAAGUAUAUCCUGCCCCUGAAGACCCUUGGCCGAGCAGAUGACCCCCACUUCCGACCUUUGUCCACGGAACCGGCAGAGCGAGAGCCCAGAAGCUCCGAGACCAGCCGCACCUACACGUGGGCCCGAGGAAGAGUGGUUUCCAGCGACAGUGACAGUGACUCGGAUCUCAGCUCCUCCAGCCUAGAGGACAGACUCCCACCCACUGGGGUCAGAGACUGGAAAGGUGACAAACCCUGGAGGGAGUCAGGUGGCAGCGUGGAGGCCCCCAGGAUGGGGUUCACCCGCCCGCCGGGCCACCUCUCUGGGAGCCAGAGCAGCCUGGCCAGUGAGACGGGGACAGGCUCUGCCGACCCGCGGGGGGACCCCGCCCCGGGCCGACCCGAAGGGCCCCGCUGCCGUAAGAAACACUCGUCCAAUCACGUUUCCCCAUCGAGCUGCCGUAAGAAACACUCGCCCAAUCACGUUUCCCCAUCGAGGUGCCGUAAGAAACACUCGCCCAAUCACGUUUCCUCAUCCAGCUGCCGUAAGAAACACUCAUCCAAUCACGUUUCCCCAUCGAGCUGCCGUAAGAAACACUCGGGCUCCCUGGUUCCUUCAGGUGUUCACUUCUUCAUGGCGCUUCUUACCGAGGAGAGCAGGCAGGAGGAGGAGGCAGGAGCUCAGAGAGCCUUAGGAGCCCCCGACAAGGUUCCCCCAGUCUCCACCAAGACGGGCCAAAGCUCUGAGCCUUUGAUGCAGACCCCAGGAUGUCUGCAGCUUCUUCAGUGCCAAUUACCAGAGAAUAAUUCAGCGUGCUCAUCCCCUGCCUCUCAGAGGCUGCUCUUUGGAGACAUUGCCAGGCCACUGGUGAAGGAGAGUGGGGCUGUGAAGGGUCCCAGGGCCCUUGUGCAGAGCCUAGGCUAUGGGGUGAAACCAGGCCAGGUGGCCAGGCUCCUGACACUGGGGGAGGGCCCUUCAUCCAAGCCCAGCGGUUCCUGCAGGACCUGA